CAGCUCUAGUGCGACGUAAAUGAACAACAACAUCUUUUGUGACUAUUCAAACACUAAUGAUGAAAGCUUUUGAAGUGUUGCCAUAUAUAGAGAGUUCUGUAGCUCAUUUCGAUUGCCAAUCCCACAAACCGUUUCUGACUUUUCACAGCAACUUCCUGCUAUCUAUUUAGCCUCAGUCAUAAGCUUAAUUAAUGGAAAUACAGAGCUAUAAUCUAACGCGAAGAGCUCGUCGCUCAGUUCGAUAUUCGCUGAAACGAAAAAACAUUUUAAAAUUAAAGGGGGAAACACUUUUAUAUAUCCUUUAAGUUUUCAAUCCUUAAUAGAUUUUUAAUUAAUUUAAAAUUGCCUUUAUUGAAACGAGAGUGCUGCUUUAGAACUAUUUUACAUUAUUUUGAAGGAUGAUUUAAAGUAUAAUAUGUUUUCGAAGAUGAAUUCGUCAUGUUGGAAUGUGGCAACGCACAGUUAUUGCCCAGUGUCCAUUCCUCAUUCGAUCUCUUUUGUUUCAAGAAUGCCUUCAGAAAGUGAAUGUGAGAAAUGCAACAUUCAUGCCCUCCUUAUCUAUGCUUCGAAAACCUCUGUCUUUGGAAAAUGGGGAAAGACGAAAGCAGAUUGUGGUUAAGAAAAUUGAAUGCCCUGAUCGUGGUAGAAAGAUGAUCGAGAUCUAUCCACCCCCUUCUGUUAUGGAGUCACAGUCUACUUUGUUACCAGGCCCUGGAAGAAUAAGGGCUUCUGGCAUUGUUGAUAAUCCUGAAAUGCUUAUUGACUCACUAUGUGAUGAAUCCGAAACCGUGUGUGAUGCUCUCUUAUCUGGUUUAAAUAAAUCUUCAACUGGCGAAUGUCUAGGAUUUAGAUAUCCACAUAAAGUUGGAGAAUAUAGAUGGAUCUCUUAUUCAGAGGUUGUACAAAGAAAGAACUACAUUGGUUCUGGUUUGAUUAAUUUGGGUCUUGAACCUUCUCAAAGAACAAUGAUUGGUAUAUGUACUAAAACUAGACCUGAAUUUGUUUUGACCAUGUUGGCCUGCUCUAACUAUUCAAUGGUUUUAGUGCCUUUGUAUAAUUGCUUUGGAACUGAAGCUAUCUCACACAUUAUUUCUCAAGUGGAAAUGGAGGCAGUGAUUUGUGAAACUCCAGAACAUGCUGCUGGAAUAAUUAAAAAUCAAGAAAAGUAUCCUAAACUGAAGCAUAUUAUCUUGAUUGAUGAUGAUGAAGAUGAAUUGAAGAAUAGUGGAAGUAGAUUCAAUAUCAUGAGUUUGAAAGAACUUGAGGCUAGUGGUAAACUUGAUGAAAGGAAAGAAGUUAAACCCAGAGCCGAUGAUAUCUUCUGUUUGUGUUACACCAGUGGAACGACUGGUGAACCAAAAGGUGUUGUGGUCAGCCAUCGUAAUGUUCUUUCUUGCAUAGGCUCCUUGUCUACUGUUUUAUCGGAUUCUGUGAGUAAUGACACAUUGAUUUGCUACUUACCCUGUGCACAUAUCUAUGAAAUAAUUAAUGAGAUAUUUUGCCUGUAUAAAGGUGGAAGACUAGGUUUUUAUAGUGGAACAACUGAGGAUUUACUGGAUGACAUGCAGAAGCUGAAGCCUAAUGUUGUGCCUUUGGUUCCUAAACUAAUGAAUCUCAUAUAUUCAGCAGUUCGGAAACAAAUGGUUCCAUUUCCAUUUAAAAGGCGUCUGUUUGAACUAGCUCUCCUUCAAAAGCAGAAAGAAUUAUGUCGUGGCAUUGCAAGGAAGAACACUGUGUGGGACAAGCUGAUAUUCUCUAAAAUACAAGAACGUCUUGGAGGGAGAGCAAAAUUAAUUUUCUCAUCUUCAGCCCCUGUAUGUAAAGAAGUCAUGCAAUUUUUUCGCUGUUCCAUGGGCUGUCUGGUGUUUGAGGUCUAUGGUCUUUCUGAAGUUGGUGCUUCUGUGAUGACCCUUAUGUCUGAAGAUAAGACUGGUUUUGUAGGUGCACCAUUGCCUUGUAACCACAUCAAACUAGUGAGCAUCCCUGAACUAUCUUACCAUGCUGAAGACAAUGUUGGUGAGAUUUGUAUCCGAGGACCUAAUGUUUUUAAAGGGUACUACAAGAAUGCAAAUGCUACAAAAGAAGUUUUUGAUGAAGAUGGCUGGUAUCAUACAGGAGAUAUUGGGAAAUGGAAUGAAAAUGGAACUUUAUCUGUCAUUGAUAGGAAAAAGCAUAUUUUCAAACUAAGUCAGGGAGAAUACAUUGUUCCUGAAAAAUCAGAAGGAGUGUACAUGCAAAGUCCUAUUGUGUCACAAAUUUAUGUGGACGGAGAUCCUAAUCAAGAUUUUAUAGUUGGAAUAGUAGUACCUGAUAGAAAUCUUUUCAUUCGUUGGGCCAAAAAGAAAGGUUUUCAAGAAAUGGAAUUUGAAACUCUUUGCCAAAAUGAUGAUGUGAAGCGUGCAGUAUUAUCUCACUUGUUGAAACUUGGCCGAAAAAAAGAUCUAAACUCAUUGCAUCAGGUAGGGAAUGUGUAUUUGAGUCCUGAACCAUUUUCUCUAGAAAAUGGAUUGUUAACACCCACACUGAAAGUGAAGAGAUCUGUUGCAAGAAAAAUGUUUGAAUCCAAUUUUGAAAAACUCUAUGAAGAAGGCAAUUUACGAAAGUUGCAAGGACUCUGAAGACAAGUAUUUUGAAUUUGAUUGUACAGUGCAGGGAUUUUAUUUAUUUGUGAGUUUUCAUUUUUAAGAAUGUUUUUUUAUUUUUAUGCUCCCAGCCUUCUAUUAUCCAAUUCUUAUGUUUUGUGAAUCUCAAUAAAGCAUUUUUUUUUUCAAAAUGAGA